GUCAGUGUGUUACCAGCAGCGCGAGUGAGUGGAUGUGUUGCAGUCUUUCUCCAAUCUUUGUUUACAUAUAGCUGCACAUUGCCAAAGAAUGGAAGAACCCUCGAUCCUAAAAUUUGCUCCCUUCAGCUCGGCUGUUGAUGCUGGGUUCUGGCAUAAAUUCACUCAGCUCAAGCUGGACGUUCUUCAUCUGAGUGAAGAUGCUAUACCUAUUACUGGGUAUUACGUAAAUAGUGAUGCUCCUGGACUGCCGUCACGUCUUGGUGUGGAAUAUGAUGCACUUGAUAAAAACAAAUCGCCAUCCAAGUGGUCGUGUUCUGCCGUGGGAACUCUCAUCAACACCAAUACUGUGGAAGAGUUUCGUAACAGAGAUAAACAAGAGAUAUUGAAGGCAUCAGCUACUGUUCUGUGGGAUGCCAUAAUUUCAAACAGUGCCUUGGAAAAUCCUUCAAUUUUGACUUCGUUUUUAAUGUUUACCUUUGCUGAUCUCAAGAAAUACCACUACUACUACUGGUUUGCAUUUCCAGCUUUUACAUUACCAAAAACUAUCCCUUUGAUAAAGGAGCCACGGUGUCUUUCAGCUAUACUGACAGAUAAACAGAUUGCUUUACUUUUGUUGGCAUGUGAAGGACUAGGAACAGAUGUGCAUCAGGGCUUCUUCACAUUCACUCAGUAUGGCAAUGAAUUUGGCAUCCAUCCACUCGGGGACUAUCCACAUAUAAGAACUGCUGCUAGGGGGACUGACAAAGAUGUGUUCUUGGCCUUCUCUGACCCAUGUACCUUGCCGCACAACCCAGGAUGGCCUCUGCGUAACCUGCUUACUCUGGUAGCCUUAAAAUGGUCAAACUUGUGGUCCACUCACAAGAUUCUGUGCCUGCGAAUACGAAUAAGAAACGGCAUUAAAGAUGCAACUCACAGUCUUGUACUUGAAGUGGAUUUAGGAAGGAUAGAUGACCCAGACAAUCCACCUGACUUGCCACCAUUUCUUGGCUGGGAGAAGAACGAGCGGGGCAAAAUGGGACCUCGCAUGGUGAAUUUGUCUGCCAGUAUGGACCCAACAAAACUUGCCGAGUCUGCAGUGGAUCUGAACCUUAAAUUAAUGCGGUGGAGAGUAGCUCCGCAGCUUGAUUUACCCAUCAUCCAAAACACACGGUGCCUUCUCUUGGGUUCGGGGACACUUGGUUGUUCUGUGGCACGGUGCCUUUUGGCUUGGGGUGUUCGACACAUGACCCUGCUGGAUAGUGGAAAGGUGUCGUAUAGCAAUCCUGUGCGGCAAAAUCUCUUCACUUUCAAAGACUGCCUAAAUAGCGGGAAAUACAAAGCUUUAGCAGCUGCAGAAGCCCUUGCAGAGAUCUACCCCAGAGUGAAUUGUAAAGGUGUGGUGGUAAAUAUUCCAAUGCCUGGACACACUGUAAGCGAGAGCCUUGAACAGCAAGUGAGAGGUGACGUGGCCACUCUUGAGCAGCUUAUUGACGAACACGACGUUAUCUUUCUUCUGAUGGACUCUCGUGAGAGUAGAUGGCUUCCUACGUUACUAGGUGCUGCCAAGUGCAAGCUAGUGCUGACUGCAGCCUUGGGUUUCGAUUCUUAUUUGGUGAUACGUCAUGGCUUCCGGUGCAAGGAAAAGCAAAGAGAGGAAGGCUCGGCCGGCAGCAAAGCUUCAGAGAGGAAUUUCACUGCUCUACGAGGGUGUAUCCCAGGAAACCUGCUUGGGUGUUACUUCUGUAAUGAUGUCGUUGCUCCAGGAGAUUCAACCCAUGACCGUACGCUUGAUCAGCAGUGUACCGUUACUCGUCCUGGUGUUUCGUACUUGGCUGCUGCUCAUGUUACAGAGUUGAUGGUUUCAAUUCUCCAGCAUCCAGACAGAGGGCUUGCCGAAGCAAGCCUGAAUGACGCUGAUGUCAAAGAAGGGGUAUUAGGUCCAGUACCUCAUUCUAUACGAGGGUUUUUAGGAAGACAUAAGCUUUUAACUCCUGCUUCAACAGCAUUUCAACAGUGCUCUGGUUGUUCUGAUAAGGUGAUAGCAGCAUACAAAGAAGGUGGUUUUGAGUUUCUAGUGAAGGUCUUCAACUCUCCAGCAUAUCUAGAAGAAGUCUCGGGUCUUAGUGAGCUGCACCAAUGUGUUGAUGAUUCACAGAUCUGGGAACUGACUGACAGCGAAGAAGAGGCAGAGUGAGAAGUCAAUGAUUAAAUUUAGUCAUCAUCUUCAUAUGGUUGAAAUCCAAAUUUAAGUUUUGUAGCAAAAUUGUAAAAGUGUUGAGUCAAAGUUUGAUAUGUUCAGCUUGCUAAAUAUUUAAACUAUUGUAGUAAAAAUGAACGUGUUUAUCUUUAUUAUAUGUAACUUUAUCAAUAAAUAUGUACUGUAAGCCUAAA